AUGUUGCAGAAGCGCCUUCAACAGGAACUUUCCAGCGAUUCCAUGGACAUCUUCUCCUUUCUGCAGCGCUGUAAGGAUCCCGAUACGGCGGAAGGGCUCAGUCCCAUGGAGAUUAGCACCGAGACGGCAACAUUUAUCGUGGCUGGAUCCGACACGACGUCAACAGCGAUGGCGGCUCUGGCGCAUUAUCUGGCGUGGUCGCCACGAUGCUACAAGCGCGCUGUCGAGGAGGUACGGACAGCGUUCAGCUCCGCAGACGAGAUAGCCUUCGGCCCCAAACUCAACUCAUGUCACUUCCUUCGAGCCUGUCUCGACGAAGCGCUGCGGGCAACGCCCCCUGGUGGAGGUCCUCUGUGGCGCGUGGUAGAGCCCGGCGGAGCUACAAUCAACGGCGAGUACCUGCCAGCUGGGUGUGAGGUCGGCGCCGGCAUAUAUGCCAUGCACCACAGCCCACAAAACUGGUCCUGUGCUGCCACCUACAUGCCCGAGCGCUGGCUUGAGAAGAACAGGAACGAGAACGGCAACACAGUGAAAGGUGAAACCCGCCAGUCAUACUUUCCAUUGAAUAUUGGACCCCGCAGCUGCAUUAGCAAGCAGCUCACUCUCACUCAGGGUAUAUUAACAUUUGCGCACAUUCCUUGGAAGUUUGAUCUUUGCAGAGCGGAUACUUCAGAGGGUUAG